AUGGCUUCUGAUGAGGCAAUGGAUGAUUCUACAGCUAAACGGCCUAUUGAUAUCGAGAGCGUGAAGCGCAAGAAGUUCAAGACCGAUGACCUUCCCUUGUCUGCGGCGCAACAUGCGGUCAUUGACAAACUCUUACAUUCAUUCAAGAAGAAGGGUGGCUUUGAUAGUGUCCGAAAACAAAUAUGGGCUGAAUUCAAUGACGGAGAACUUCGAACCGAUUUUACCAACAAGUUAGUCGCACUUGCAGAGUCAGCGAUCGAUCGCGAGCCGGCACUGCUGUCCCGCGAAAGAGGAAAGGCAGCGACACUCAUUGAGGGCGCGGUGGACCGCGGUGAUGUCUACAAGAGCGUGGAGGGCUCCAUCGACCAAUUAGCAUCCAAACACCUGGAUUUCAUCCUGGAAUCUGUUCGUGAGAUCCGAUGUCAGGACGUUGGAGAGGACGUGGCUGCCCGUGAACUCGAGCUAGGGAACAAAACCGAUGCAGAUUACGAAGCCUACGUCAGCUCCCAGCGGGAGGAGCGGGAAAAAGUGUGGCGCGAAGAGGAGCGCAAACAGAGAGAGAUUGAGGAAGAGGAAAAACGCAUCAGGGAUGAAGAACGCAAAAAGAAGCGUGAACUUGAACGACAGAAAGACGAAGAAGAUCGGGCCCGAAGAAAGGAAAUUGAUGAACAGAGGCGAGCUGAUCGGGAACGCCAACGCGAAGAGCAACGAAUACUCGACGAGCAGCGAGAGCGAGAGCGAGAGGGAAGAUACGAGCGACGAAGGCGUGAAGAUAGGGAGCGAUAUCGAGGCUGGGACCGCGACCGCAGUCGAACUCGAGAUAGAGACCGUUUCCGUGAUCGCUCUGACCGUGGGUUAUCCCCUAGGCCCCGGGAUUCAAAACACGACAAGUCAUCUACAUCGAAUGCUCCCACUCCUGUGCUACCGCCUCUUGUGGAUGAGAAGUCACUCGAGGAGGCUGCUUUGCAAAUGCUAUUGAAAGAAGGCGAAGAACUUGCAGCCAAGGCUCGACAGAAGCCCGAGUUUGACUUUGAAGAGGCUGAGGCUAUUGAAAAUGGACUGAAACCGCCAGUAUCAGCGUUAGGGCCGGCCAAGACUGCCAAUGAUUCAAGGUUUUCUAAUACGAUGUCUACGAGAGCGGCCAGCAUAUCCCGAGAUUCUAACACGAGGCGUGGUUCUCUUGCAGACCGGGGUGAUCGGUCCCGACAUUUGACUCGGGAUCGAAGCCGUAGUCGCUCGCGUCGACGACGCACCUCACGUUAUGACACAGAUCGCCGACGUGAACGGUCUCGGGAUACUUCUGUGAGGUCUCGAGAUCGUGAUAUGGAUGCGCGCCGUGGCUACCGCGACUUCCGGGAUGACCGAGCAACCGGAGCAAGUCACCCCGCCGCCGGGUCCGAUCUCCGGAGCGAGAGCGUGAACAGCGACCCCGGUUAG